UCACUCAGUCCACGAACGUUUGCCACGAGACUUCGAUCUCUCACACCGCAUCGCACACGCUAUCUCUGUCUCUCUUUCUCUCUCUCUAUUCACCCGCCUCGUAUCUCUUUCUCUCUCUAUCUUUUUCUCCAUUUUUUUCCCUUUUUUCCCGCUUGGCGGACGGAGAGCCAAACUGGUGACCGGGGAGGCGCGCGUAGUAACCGUGCAUCGGUCUACGUCAACGGAAGUCUUGCCGUAGUACCCUCGUGCUUUCGGUUACUUCGACCCAUAUAACCGCCGUGCUGCGACCCCCGUUCGUCCGCUUCGACCGGCUGCAGAUCUACCUGCGGCGCAGCGAGGUUUCUGUAACUUUGAUAGCGGUGUGAAAAACCACAAAGUAAUAAAAUGGCUGCGUUUGUGGCGAAGCAGAUGGUCGGAAACAAGCUCAAUGCGGUUAAAGGCGCGGUAGGCGGCGAAGGAGGUGACGAGGAUGAUAAGGAGAAGGAAGAGGAGGCUGAGAGAGAGAGGCAGGAGGCUAUCAGGGAGGCCGAAGAGCGAAGAAAGGAGAAACAUCGCAAAAUGGAAGAAGAACGAGAGAAGAUGCGGCAAGAGAUCAGAGAUAAGUAUAACAUAAAAAAAAGGGAGGAGGUGCAAGAGAUGCCACAAGAAGAGCCUAAUCCUCUGAUGCGAAAGAAGAAGACACCAGAGGAAUUGGCGGCCGAAGCUGAAGCCGAAGACGAAGAUGAUUUCACUAAACUGAGAAAUACGAUAGAAACGCAAGUGAACGAGAUCAAAUCGCAAAUUGAAAGUAAGUGCAAUCUUCAAUGAGCCUAUUGCAU